CCGCCGCUGGAACUGGGGGGCGGAGAGACCGGACUGGGCCCCUGGCGGCUCCCGGACGGCGCCUGGGAGCGGGCGGCGCCGGGCCGAGCCCGGGAAACCGCCGGGAAGCUCUCCACCAAGGCCCGCGCUGAAGCUGUCUGAAGAGCUUCCUGGAAGAGGGUGUUCCCCCUCGGGGGAAGGGGGGGGUCCUGACUGGAGGAGGUUCUUGGGGUCACCCUUCAGAGGAGGCUUCGGCUAACGGGGCUCAGUAGAAUUCCCAGUGGAUGACCAGCAUUCCCUGUAGCUGAUAAUGUUGAAGAACAACUCUGCAGCUUUCUUUGGAAUUCAGUUUUUAAACACGAAUAGAAUGCAAGUUCCUCAACUCCAGAUUAUGAAAACAGUACUUGGAAAACUGAAAACUAUCUAAAUGAUUGUCUUUGGUUGGGCCGUGUUCUUAGCGAGCAGAAGCCUUGGCCAGGGUCUGCUGUUGACUUUUGAGGAGCACAUAGCCCACCUAUUGGGGACUAUAGGUGCCACUACUACCAUGGGCAAUUCCUGUAUCUGCCGUGAUGACAGUGGAGCAGAAGACAGUGUUGACACCCACCAGCAGCAGGCCGAGAACAGUGCAGUCCCCACUGCUGACACGAGGAGCCAACCUAGAGACCCUGUUCGGCCUCCUAGGAGGGGCCGAGGACCCCAUGAGCCAAGGCGAAAGAAACAGAAUGUGGAUGGCCUAGUGCUGGACACAUUGGCGGUUAUACGGACUCUAGUUGACAAUGAUCAGGAACCUCCCUAUUCAAUGAUUACAUUACAUGAAAUGGCAGAAACAGAUGAAGGAUGGUUGGACGUUGUCCAAUCUUUAAUUAGAGUAAUACCAUUAGAAGAUCCAUUGGGACCAGCUGUUAUAACAUUGUUACUAGAUGAAUGUCCAUUGCCCACUAAAGAUGCACUCCAGAAAUUGACUGAAAUUCUUAAUUUAAAUGGAGAAGUAGCUUGCCAGGACUCAGGCCAUCCUGCCAAACAUAGGAACACAUCUGCAGUCCUAGGCUGCUUGGCCGAAAAACUAGCAGGUCCUGCAAGUAUAGGUUUACUUAGCCCAGGAAUACUGGAAUAUUUGCUGCAGUGUCUGAAGUUACAGUCCCACCCCACUGUCAUGCUUUUUGCACUUAUCGCACUGGAAAAGUUUGCACAGACAAGUGAAAAUAAAUUGACUAUCUCCGAAUCCAGUAUUAGCGACCGGCUUGUCACAUUAGAGUCCUGGGCUUAUGAACCUGAUUAUCUGAAACGUCAAGUUGGCUUCUGUGCCCAGUGGAGUUUAGACAAUCUCUUUUUAAAAGAAGGUAGACAACUGACUUAUGAGAAAGUGGAUUUGAGUAGCAUUAGGGCCAUGCUGAAUAGCAAUGAUGUCAGCGAGUACCUGAAGAUCUCACCUCAUGGCUUGGAGGCUCGCUGUGAUGCCUCCUCUUUUGAAAGUGUGCGCUGCACGUUUUGUGUAGAUGCUGGAGUAUGGUACUAUGAAGUAACUGUGGUCACCUCUGGUGUCAUGCAGAUUGGCUGGGCCACUAGAGACAGCAAAUUUCUCAAUCAUGAAGGGUAUGGCAUUGGGGAUGAUGAAUACUCCUGUGCGUAUGAUGGCUGCCGGCAGCUGAUUUGGUACAAUGCCAGAAGUAAGCCUCAUGCACACCCAUGCUGGAAAGAAGGAGACACAGUCGGGUUUCUGUUAGACUUGAAUGAAAAGCAAAUGAUCUUCUUUUUAAAUGGCAACCAGCUGCCUCCUGAGAAGCAAGUCUUUUCAUCUACUGUAUCUGGAUUUUUCGCUGCAGCUAGUUUCAUGUCAUAUCAACAAUGUGAGUUCAAUUUUGGAGCAAAACCAUUCAAGUACCCUCCAUCUAUGAAAUUCAGCACUUUUAAUGACUAUGCCUUCCUAACAGCUGAAGAAAAAAUAAUUUUGCCAAGGCACAGGCGUCUGGCUCUGUUGAAACAAGUCAGCAUCCGUGAGAACUGCUGCUCCCUUUGUUGUGAUGAAGUAGCAGACACACAGCUGAAGCCAUGUGGACACAGUGACCUGUGCAUGGAUUGUGCCUUGCAACUGGAGACCUGCCCAUUGUGUCGUAAAGAAAUAGUGUCUAGAGUCAGACAGAUUUCUCAUAUUUCAUGACACAUGUGAAGAGGCGUCAUGGACUCAUUUCUACUCAAUUCCAGCCAAUGUCAAAAAGAAAAA